CCUGCGUCCUGCAUCAACUCGCUAUAUGAGAGCGGGCGCGGAUACAGAUGCCGUUUUCUUGAACAGCCGCACAAAUGGAUGGAACCGAAACGAACCGGAGAAACUGCGCGAAGUCGGAGCAACAGAAGAUGUUGGACUCCAGAGGAAACCAAAGUGGAUCUAAAGACAGAGUGACUCUUAAGAAAGAAAUUGGUCUUUUGAGCGCGUGCGCCAUAAUUAUAGGCAACAUCAUUGGCUCAGGGAUCUUCAUCUCUCCAAAGGGGGUUCUGGAUCAUGCUGGCAGUGUGGGGUUCUCACUCAUCGUGUGGGUCCUGGGAGGCGGAAUCUGUGCCCUGGGAUCUCUUUGUUAUGCUGAGCUGGGCGUCACCAUCCCCAAAUCAGGUGGAGACUACUCAUAUGUGACAGAGAUCUUCGGGGGACUGGUGGGCUUCUUGUUGCUGUGGAGUGCAGUGUUGAUCAUGUACCCAACGACUCUGGCUGUGAUUGCGCUCACCUUUUCCAACUAUGUUCUGCAGCCUGCCUUCCCAAACUGCCUGCCUCCAUACAUCGCCACCCGACUCCUCUCAACCACCUGUGUCUUGUUUCUGACUUGGGUGAACUGCUCUAGUGUGCGCUGGGGGACACGGAUCCAGGAUGUUUUCACUGUAGGGAAGCUGCUGGCCCUUGUGCUCAUCAUUGUAGUGGGAAUGGUCCAGAUUGCCAAAGGACACUAUGAUGCACUGGAGCCUCAGGCAGCAUUUGAGUUCAUAAAGGAUCCGUCAGUGGGACAGAUUGCUUUGGCGUUCCUGCAGGCGUCAUUUGCCUACAGUGGUUGGAACUUCUUGAACUACGUCACAGAGGAGGUGGUUGAGCCUCGCAAAAACCUUCCACGUGCGAUCUACAUCUCUAUCCCUCUGGUGACGCUCGUCUACACUCUCACCAACAUUGCCUACUUCUCCUCCAUGUCUCCUCAAGAGCUGCUGGAGUCGAAUGCUGUGGCUGUGACGUUCGGAGAGAAGCUGCUAGGGAUGUUCUCCUGGGUGAUGCCCAUCUCUGUUGCACUUUCUACAUUCGGAGGGAUUAACGGAUACCUGUUUACCUCUUCUAGGUUAUGUUUCUCAGGGGCCAGAGAGGGCCACCUGCCGUACCUACUGGCCAUGAUCCACCUGAAGAGCUGCACACCCAUCCCUGCCCUGAUCGUUUGUUGUACAGCAACCAUAGUGAUCCUGUGCAUCGGGGACACACAUAACCUGAUAAACUACGUGUCUUUCAUAAACUACCUCUCAUAUGGAGUCACUAUAGCCGGGCUACUUUACUACAGAUGGAAGAAACCCAACAUGUUUAGACCCAUUAAGGUAAACCUGUUGGUGCCGUGCAGCUAUCUGGUGUUCUGGGCUGUGCUGCUGGGCUUCAGUCUGUACUCGGAGCCAGUGGUGUGUGGGAUGGGGCUGGUGAUCAUGCUCACUGGAGUCCCCAUCUAUUUCAUUGGAGUGCAGUGGAAGAACAAACCACAGUGGAUAUACAGCGCAAUUGAGAGAGUCACCUACCUGGGGCAGAAGAUGUGUUACGUGGUCUUCCCUCAGGACGAUCCUUCUGAAAUCCAGCCUCUCACAGAGAAAUCGGAGCUGUGAGCUUUAGCCAAGGACUCCUCACACUCCUAUUUUGCAAUAGCAAAGACCUGUUUCCAUCCGUUAUAGAGUGUUUUUUGAUGCUGUACUUGAGGAGACUCUCCUCCGAGACUCAGCCAUCACAGCAAAAGAAACUGAAGUUUUACAUUUAUCUCAGACAUCACAUUUCUUAGUUCUCCCCUCGCAUACAUUUGUCUGGACAUCAGCUUGUGUCUGAACGCACCCUCCUCUGUUCCUGUUUGAGAUGAAUUCCUGUUUUCUCUGGGAGUUGUUUUUGAGAACUGUUGGUGUAUUCUCAUGUGCCUUACAGGAUCUCACUCCGUUAUUGAAGUUUUUAUUGUCAAGUAGACAGUUUUUUUUUAAUUAGCAAUCUCCUGUGAGUAAACAAAGGGGACUUGUUGAAGCUUCAUAACCCAGAAAUCUAAACACCAUCUGUGAGUCUGAACUUUCUCACUUUAUCCUUUUAAUAUUAUUGACUUAAGCCCUCUUAAGUGCAAUGCAAUAACUUCUAGCUAUGCUCAAAAAGUCUAUGCAAGUAUAGUUUAGGCACUUUAAUGUAGUUGCGUACAGUACUUUUAGCUUAUAUUGCACAAUAAUUUUAUUGCCAUGCUUUCUGAAUGAGCUCCAAUCCUCAGCCACUGUUUAACAGAGGCUCUGCCCCAACAAACAUUAGCACUGCCAGUGUCUUAGCCUUAUGCUAAUGACAGGAACAACAGGAGGUUCCUUCUUUUUAGGUAAUGUUAUUGACAUAAAAGGUGCUUUAAAUUUGAAAGAGUCCUCUUAGGUAGAUACCUUCAACUGUUGUCCAAAAGAAGAUGUGUUUCUUCAGCCAUUUAGCGUCUUUUUUAUAUUAAAUGCCGUCCAUUUUGACAGGGAUGCAUUUAUUUUAUUUUGGGCACUGAUCUUGGACAUUCCUCUGAGCUAUGCAACAGCGAUGAUCUCAAUCUCUUCAUUUCAAACUGAUCACUCGUGUCCAUCCAAACACAUUCGGAGAUACUAGACUCGUGAUUAGCAGCUAAUGCACUUACACGCCACUUGAGCGCCCUCUCCUGGUGCAAUCUUUCUAUAAACGAUAAUACGCUCAGUACAGCCAGUGCUGCUCAUCUCUUCCCAUGGGUCCAGCUCAGUCAUGUCCGUCAGACUAGCAGUGUUCAAGCUCUCACUGCCCAUAGUGGCAAAGCACAGUACAGUGAAAUCUUAAUGUAAAUACUGCAUAAAGUUUCAAAUACAUCAGGGAUUCAUUGUGAGAUUGCAUUCCUGACAUUAGUGAAGCGUGAGGCGUUUGUAUUAAAUAUUCAUUCGUUCCUAUUGUAUGCACUAUAGAUAUGUAUGCUGAUAUACUUGUGUUUUGUAAAAAAAAAAAGGUUAAAAUAUGUUUAUCAAUAACAAUAUUAGCACAUUAAAUUUAAUUCUGGAAAUGA